UUUGUAUUGUAUUAUGUUUCACAGCUUCAUUCUUUGCGAUUUAUUAGUGUUUACAUAUUGUAGUAGCAUUACCAAGCACUAGCCUUGCACGGUUUGUUGAAAGUUUUUUUUUUUUUUUUUUAAACCUGGCAACACUUGUUUUUCCCACCACCAAUCCAACGUGGCGCUGGUGCAGUCCGCCAUUCCUCAUUCUGUAUUUCCGUGCUCAAGCCUUCGCACGUGUCUCAAGUCCGCCGCAAAAAUCUUCCAACAUGGGCAAGAGGAAGGAAGAGCUCCGAGACGACGAGAUACGAAGAAAAAUACAAAAAUUGGAAAAUAAAUUGGCGAAAAAACCCGCUAGACGUCGAAUUAUAUACUCAUCAUCCGAUUCUUCUGCAGAAUCAGACGACGCCGCAAAUCAAGUUGCGGCACGCAAAGUAACUACAGUGGCCAUGGUCCACGACGAGGCCUCGCAAAACUCACCUCGUGUCACGUCGCCACGUGCCGUCUCGCCGCCGCCACCGCGCUCGCCGCAAGACAUGCCGUCGCCCCCGGAGCAGCCGACGCCAGCUCAAACUGACACCGAGACCGAAGAACCUAAUCCGGAAGAACAACAACUCGACGACGAGAUUUUGUCAUUACUGGGUGACGCCCCAAAAAGUGACCAUCAAUUUGGGCCACCUAUGCACAAGGACAUUGCCAGUCGAUGGCAAGAGAUACUUUUAAAGGGUUUGGACAAAGAAACGAAAGAAAAACUAUUAAAACAGUAUGUGAUCCCUAAAAACUGUGACAUGCUUUUAGCCCCCAAACUAAAUCCCGAAGCAAAAGCUGCUUUGUCAGAUGGAUCGGUAAAACGUGACUUCUGUAUUAUGCAAAAGCAAAAUCAGGUGGGCGUGGCCCUUGCUGCCCUGGCCUCUCUUACAGAAUUAAUAAUUUCAGGAGAGAAUAAUAAGCAAAAUCUUCUUAAGCCCCUGAGUGACGCAUGUCGAAUUCUGUGCGAUAGCCAUCACAGUGAAACAGCGACGAGACGCCACUUCGUCUUAACCGCAACAGAUGCUGCUCUUAAAGAAACGUUGGUUGAAACAAAGAGAGAUCAAUUUUUGUUUGGCGAAAACGUGAGCGAGAAAUUAAAAGUAGCCAAAAGCAUCCAAAAGACCGGGGAGUCAUUAAAACAACAACAAAAGUCGGUAUUUAACAAAAAUAAUUUUAUUGCAAACAAAGGUCAUUUAAACUUCAAGCCGUAUCGCAGGACGGACCACAAGCCAGGCGCCAGCACGGCGCGCACAGCUCGCGCACCUCGCGCACCUCAGCGCUACCAGCCCAGCGCGAGCAGCUACUCGUACCGAGAUCGCCGGGCGCCAGCACCGAGUCGAGCCCGCUCGCCGCCGCCGAGACGCAACACCCACUAUCGGAGAUAGACUACGAGGUACGGUACGCUGGUAGACUUCGGUGUUAUUAUAAUGAAUGGACUAAAAUAACUGAUGAUCCAGUCAUUUUAUCUUGGCUUAAAGGUUAUUUAAUACCCUUUACUUCCACGCCCCAUCGCCCCGAUACCCCCCGUGUCUACCCUAAAACUGACCAAGAGCAUCAGGAUUUUCUAAAGUCAAUAAACUCAUUACUUGACAUCAACGCGAUUUCAAAGUGUGAUCACGUUGAUGACGAAUUUAUAUCCACAGUCUUCCUUGUGCCUAAACCGAAUGGCGACAAACGCUUCAUAUUAAAUUUAAAAUGUUUAAAUAAAUUCGUAGAUACAAAACAUUUUAAAAUGGAGGAUUACCGUACCGCCUCUAAAUUUAUUACCAAUUACUGUUACAUGGCAUGUAUAGAUUUAAAGGAUGCAUACUUUUUACUACCCGUUCAUGAAUCUCAUCGGAAGUAUUUGCGUUUUGUGUAUGACAAUAUUUUAUAUCAAUUUAAUUCCUUACCAUUCGGUUUAAGCUCCAGCCCGUAUGUGUUUACUAAAUUAAUGAAACCCGUAAUGGAAUAUUUAAGAUCACAAGGUUUGCUUUCAGUCAUAUACUUGGAUGACAUUUUCCUGAUUGGCACUUCAUACUCUGAAUGUAAAACUAAUGUUAACAUAACCAAAAACACUUUAGAAAGGCUUGGUUUCUUGCUAAACUUCGAUAAAAGUUGUUUGGUCCCAAAAAUGGAAUGCAAAUUCCUUGGUUUUGUCUUUGACUCCCAAAACAUGAUUAUGAAACUUCCUGACACUAAAAGAAUAAAAAUUAAAGAAAAGUUGCAGGCAUUAUUAAAUAUCCAUAGGUGUACACUACGUGACUUUGCAAGAUUUCUAGGUCUUUUAGUGUCGGCAUGUCCAGCAAUUCAAUAUUCGCGGCUUUACACCAAGGAAUUUGAGCAUUUCAAGUAUUCAUGUUUAUUAAAUAAUCCUAGUUACGAGCAAAGUGUACGAAUACCCGCAGUAUUAAAAAAUGACAUGUUUUGGUGGCUCAAUAACAUAGAUCAGGGUUAUACCCCUCUAUGCGUAGAAGAAUAUAACUUAGAAAUUUUUUCAGAUGCGUCUACGACUGGCUGGGGUGCCUAUUGUGAUAACAAUAAAACCUAUGGCCAUUGGAAAGACGAUGAAAUUAAUUUACACAUUAACGAGCUAGAAAUCAAGGCUGCUUUCUUUGCACUCAAAAGUUUCGCAAGAAACCUAAAUGACUGUAGAAUUCUUUUACGCAUAGAUAACGUUACUGCAAUUUCCUGCAUUAAUAGAAUGGGCAGCAUACAGUUUAGACAUUUAAAUAAGAUUGCCAGAGAAAUUUGGGAAUGGUGCGAAUGUCGUAAAAUAUUUAUUUUUGCAUCUUACAUUAAGUCAAAUGAGAAUUGUGAAGCAGAUUCAAUGUCACGUAAAAAGUUUAACGAUAUUGAAUGGGAAUUAAAUGAUUAUGCAUUUAACGAAAUAACAUCAAAUUACGGGUACCCGGAGGUUGAUUUGUUCGCUAGUCGUCACAACGCUAAAUGCCCGAUUUAUGUGACGUGGAAAAAUGAUCCCGAUGCCUGGGCUAUAGAUGCAUUUACGAUCUCUUGGAAAGAUAAAUAUUUUUACGCGUUUCCACCAUUCGCGUUACUUGCUAAAACAAUGCAAAAAAUAAUAACUGACAAAGCUGAGGGCAUAGUAGUUGUACCAUAUUGGCCGAUGCAACCAUGGUUUCCGUUAUUUAAAAAACUAACUGUUUCUGAAUAUAUUACUUUUGAACCCAAUGCUAAAUUAUUAAUAUCUCCUUUCAGGACGAGUCACAACCUACACAAGACCCUCAAACUGGUUGCCGCGAAGCUUUCAGGCAAGCAUUACUGAAAAAGUCCCUAUCGAUUAGAUGCAUAGAAAUAAUGUUAGCAUCCCUAUCAGUUUCUACAUAUAAGCAAUAUGACGGAUGUAUUAAAAAGUGGAUAUCCUAUUGUAAGAAUAUAAGUGUUGAUUAUACAAAUCCAUCUGUUCCUCAAAUUGUUGAUUUCUUAACAGAGGUGUUUGAUAACGGGGCACAAUAUGGUACAAUUAACAGCUACAAAUCUGCUUUGUCGUUAAUAUUAGGUGAAAUUGUUAAUCAUGAAAUAAUAAAACGUUUUAUGAAAGGUGUUUUUAAGCUCAGACCUUCAAAACCCAGGUACAAUGUAACAUGGGACCCUAAUAUUGUCUUAAAUUAUUUGUCACACAAAUGGCCUAAUGAAACUCUGAGCUUAGAAAUCCUAGGUAAAAAGUCUUUAACUUUAUUAGCCUUAGUAACAGCACAUCGUGUACAAACCCUCUCUUUGAUAAAGAUAAGUAAUAUCAAGGUCAACACUCCUGUCGAUAUAACUAUACAUAUCCCAGAUUCUAUAAAAACAACAAAGCCAAACUCCUACCAGCCCAUUUUACGUUUACCGUAUUUUGACACACGUCCAGAGAUUUGUCCAGCAAGGUGUCUUGAAGCGUAUAUCAAUAAAACAACAACACUUCGUAAAGAACACGAUUAUUUAUUUAUUAGUCAUAGAAGGCCACAUAAUAAGUUAUCACCACAAACACUCAGUCACUGGAUAAAAAACACUCUUAGCUUCUCUGGAAUAGACACGUCUAUAUUUAGUGCCCAUAGCACAAGGCACGCUGCUACUACUUCGGCUAAUAAACGUGGAGUCUCCUUAGAUUUAAUUAGGAAAACUGCAGGCUGGACUGAUUCCUCCUCGGUAUUCGCAAAAUAUUACAACAAAGAGAUUAUUGUUGAUCCCAAUCAAUUUGCGAUGUCUGUUCUGUCGUCGAAUAACCUGUAAUAAUAAUUAAGAAUAAGAAUAAAUAUGACAUUGAUUAUAAAAUAACAUAAGUACUUGCUACGAUGUUAAUGGUUUAAAUAAAUGGAAUAAAAAAUACAUACCUUACUGAUUGUUAUUAUUUUUUAACCCUUUUGUUUCAUAUUUAUUAAUUUGUCUCUGAACAUCCUACAAUAUGUAAACACUAAUAAAUCGCAAAGAAUGAAGCUGUGAAACAUAAUUAAAAAUCAAACGAACUUACCAAGUGAAGUUCGAUGAUAAUUAUGUGAACAGCUUCAUUCGACGCGAUUUAUGCAUACCCUCCCAAAUAUAAAAAAUCCCUACCCUAUAAAUAUGAAACAAAUUGCUAUAAACAAAAUGAGGAAUGGCGGACUGCACCAGCGCCACGUUGGAUUGGUGGUGGGAAAAACAAGUGUUGCCAG